AUCCACUCCCUGGCUGAGAUAACCACAGAUCUUGUUCUACCCAUUAUUUUGCUCCUGAACACCCACAGCUGAGAUGUCCUGCCAGCAGAGCCAGCAGCAGUGCCAGCCUCCUCCCAAGUGUACACCCAAAUGCCCUCCCAAGUGCCAGACCCCAAAGUGCCCUCCCAAAUGUCCCCCUAAAUGUCCUCCCAAGUGCCCCCCUGUGUCUUCCUGCUGUAGCCUGGGUUCUGGAGGUUGCUGUGGCUCCAGCUCUGGUGGCUGCUGCAGCUCUGGUGGCUGCUGCAGUUCUGGGGGUGGAGGCUGCUGCCUGAGCCACCACAGACCUCGAAGAUCUCUCCGUCGCCAUCGCCACAGCUCUGGAUGCUGCAGCAGUGGUGGCAGCAGUGGCUGCUGUGGCAGCAGUGGCUGCUGUGGCAGUAGUGGUGGCAGCAGUGGCUGCUGUGGCAGUAGCCAGCAGUCUGGGGACUGCUGCUGACCUGGAUGAGGAAGACUUCUGACAAGUAGUACAGGAGGAGCACAUGCUCAGAAGACUCCUCAGUGCUUGAUGCUCUCUCCUUCUACUUCCCUCCUUUCCUGCCUUCUGAGAUGCUGAAAUCUCCUGGCAAAUGAUCUGCACUCUCCUCAGGAAAUGACAUUUUCACUUUACUCCUCUGUUACAAAUUAAAAAACUCUUGACAAC